AGAGUUGAAGGACGUAUGUCUCUCAAUUCAACAUUUUUAUGGACCACCCGCUCAACGCUGUCACUCUUCCAAUUCCUUGCCACCACCAAUUUUCCCUUCCUAAUUUCUCAGUUAAUUUCAGCCUCACAGAUUCUUAGCUCCACUACCCAUCUCUGAUUCCUCUAUUUGUAGGACCAAUUUCACUGCCCUUUCAUUUAGAUUCUCCAUUUCUGAAUAUCCCCCAUUGUAGUUCUUCUUCGAAACCUCUCUUCAUUUCUUCUUUUUAUGUGGACUUCAUCUGGGUGUCCUUGAAUUUCCAUUUUCUCACUUGGGUUUCUUGUCUUUCCUUUAGUAAUGGCGUCUUUAGGCUCUCUGCCGUUCACCAUCGAGGCCAAGACAGAGACCUCAUUGUUUGUUCUUAGUAAGAACUAUCAUCGGAGUUUCUGUUCUCUUAAGCCGCAGAAUCAGAGGCCUGCGGAAGGAUUGAGUUUUUUAGGGGAUAAAAUGAUUCUGAGGUGUGGGAAAUUGCCUAAGCCUAUGCAAGCAAGAGCAGCUAUUUCGGAUUCUAGUGGUCAAAGGAGUGAUGAUCCAGACGAAGCAAUUCAAGCCACCAUUGAAAAGAGUAAGAAGGUUCUUGCAAUGCAGCAACAGCUACUCGAGCAGAUUGCAGAGAGAAAGAAAUUAGUUUCAUCCAUUAAAAGUACUUCUGUUGACUCCACGGAAAAACAAGAUUCAAAUGAACAAAUGGAUGGCUUAUUCCCUAGUCCUGAUUUUCCUUCACGUAAUGAUGAAAUUAGCGUUGAUGUUUUGAAUGGAAGUAGUCUAUCUGUCAGCAAUGGCAAUGUAGCUGUUAGAAAGCAACUGGAUGCUGUACCAUCUUCUUCCAGUAGGCCAUCUGAUGAAGAUGAUGAGAAGCAAGUUGUAGAUCUUAAAAAGAAAAUAUAUAGUGCAGAUCCCAAAGAUCAGCUGAAAGGCAGUUCGAAGACAACAUAUUCUGAUAUUCUUGCUGAUCCCAAAGAUCAGCUGAAAGGAAGUUCAAAGACUAAAUUUUCUGAAUUUCUUCCAGAUCCCAAAGAUCAGCUGAAAGGUAGUUCAAAGACAAAAUCUUCCGAUAUUCUUCAAGAUUCCGAGGAUCAGCUGAAAGGCAGCUCAAAGAAAAACUCUUCGGAUUUUGUUCCAGCUUUUCUUUCCAGUAAAUCUUCACAUUCCAGUGUAAAAGAAGGAAAGGACAGACAACCAAGUGAACCAACUUUGAAGGAUGAUAGUGAUACUGUUGAAACUGCUGGCGUGGAUGUUAAGCCUCCUCCUUUGGCUGGAGUUAAUGUCAUGAAUAUUGUAAUAGUUGCUGCGGAAUGUGCUCCAUGGUCAAAAACUGGUGGACUUGGAGAUGUUGCUGGCUCUUUACCAAAGGCUUUGGCUCGUCGUGGGCAUAGGGUUAUGGUUAUAGUACCACGAUAUGCAAAUUAUGCUGGCCUCCAAGAUACAGGUGUUCGAAAAAGAUAUAAAGUGCAUGGACAGGACUACGAAGUUUCAUAUUUCCAGACAUAUGUAGAUGGAGUGGACUUUGUCUUCAUUGACAACAGCAUGUUUCACAACAGGGAGCAGAAUAUAUAUGGAGGAGAUCGUCUGGAAAUAUUAAAGCGCAUGGUACUCUUUUGCAAGGCAGCUAUUGAGGUUCCCUGGUAUGUCCCAUGUGGUGGUGUAUGUUAUGGAGAUGGGAAUUUAGUUUUUGUUGCAAAUGAUUGGCAUACUGCAUUGUUACCUGUAUAUUUGAAAGCGUAUUAUAGAGACAAUGGUAUUAUGAAAUUUACAAGAUCGAUCCUCGUAAUUCACAACAUAGCUCACCAGGGCCGGGGGCCAGUUGAUGAUUUUUAUCACGUGGAUCUUCCAGAACAUUAUAUGGAUCAUUUCAAGUUGUAUGAUCCAAUUGGUGGUGAGCACUUCAAUAUCUUUGCAGCUGGUUUAAAGACAGCAGAUCGUGUGGUCACAGUUAGUCAUGGAUAUGCUUGGGAGCUUAAAACAUCUGAGGGAGGCUGGGGUUUACAUGGAAUAAUCAAUGAGAUUGACUGGAAGAUGAUGGGCAUUGUGAAUGGGAUUGAUUCAAAAGAGUGGAGUCCAGAAUAUGAUGUUCACCUUACAUCAGAUGGUUACACAAACUACUCACUUGAAACACUUCAGACUGGAAAGCCCCAAUGUAAAGCAGCACUGCAGAAGGAGCUCGGGUUACCCAUUCGUGAGGACGUACCUCUGAUUGGUUUCAUCGGGAGACUGGAUCAACAGAAAGGGGUUGAUAUAAUAGCUGAGGCCAUUCCAUGGAUGGUGGGUCAAGAUGUCCAACUAGUCAUGUUAGGUACCGGCAGACAAGAUUUAGAACAAAUGCUCAGAGACUUCGAGAACAAACAUCGGGACAAAGUCCGGGGAUGGGUUGGUUUCUCUAUUAAGAUGGCACACAGAAUAACUGCUGGCAUAGACAUCUUACUCAUGCCAUCAAGAUUCGAACCUUGCGGACUGAACCAACUCUACGCAAUGAACUAUGGCACAAUACCAGUUGUUCAUAGAGUUGGGGGUCUUAGAGAUACCGUUAUACCUUUUGAUCCAUUCAACGAAUCAGGAUACGGGUGGACAUUCGAUAGCGCCGAGGCUAAUAAGUUAAUACAUGCAUUAGGGAAUUGCUUGCUCACUUAUAGAGAAUACAAGAAGAGCUGGGAAGGACUCCAGAUAAGAGGGAUGACUCAAGAUCUAAGUUGGGAUCAUGCUGCUGAGAAGUAUGAAGAAGUUCUUGUUGCUGCAAAAUACCAAUGGUGAUGGGUUAAUAUUCUCAACCCUUCUAUUUUUGGGAUUUGCCUGGCUUUUAUGAGUAAAUUUUGGUUCCUGAUUGGUUGAAAUGAAUGUCACUACUUCCUCCUUUUUCAUACAUGCAUUUCAGGCAAAUGGAAUUAUGCUAUAAUAAGAUUCUUUACAUGUAGCUAGUGUAUAAAAUAUAAUGUUAUUCCAAGUCUUUGUGCCCAA